GUGGCUUUAACAAGUUUCAGACUGAAUAUUCAGAGCACUGCGAGACGAACCUUGACAGCUCCUCGCCCAGCAACUCUCCCCCAGCAUCAGUCCUUGGCCUGGGAGGGCUGCGGAUAAGCUCUGACUGUUCGGAUGGUGAAUCUGACCGGGAACCCAGCAGUGCCACGGAGUCGGAUGGGAGCCCCAUCCCUAACAAUCAGCCUGCCUUUCCGGUCCAGAUCCUACCUUACCUGUACCUAGGCUGUGCCAAAGAUUCGACCAACUUGGAUGUCCUGGGCAAAUAUGGCAUUAAAUACAUCCUGAAUGUGACUCCCAACCUGCCAAACAUGUUUGAGCAUGACGGAGAGUUCAAGUACAAGCAGAUCCCCAUCUCAGAUCACUGGAGCCAGAACCUCUCACAGUUCUUUCCCGAGGCCAUUGCUUUCAUUGAUGAGGCCCGUUCCAAGAAGUGUGGGAUCCUUGUUCACUGCCUCGCUGGCAUCAGCCGGUCCGUAACAGUCACUGUCGCCUACUUGAUGCAAAAACUCAACUUGUCCCUGAACGAUGCCUAUGACUUUGUGAAAAGGAAAAAAUCCAACAUUUCCCCAAACUUUAACUUCAUGGGCCAGCUCCUGGAUUUUGAGAGGACUCUGGGACUCAACAGCCCUUGUGACAACCGCUCGCCCAGUGAACAGCUCUACUUCACCACCCCCACCAACCACAACCUUUUUCAGCUGAACACUUUGGAGUCCACAUGAAGGGGAUGCUGUCUGGUUGGGAACUUGAGCAUCGAUUUGCUUCUCUUGAGCAUUUCAAGUCUUACAAAAGUAUCUGUCUUGCCAGGCAGCUCUGAAACGACUAGCUUCUCUGGGCAGAGGUGCCUGAUCGCUGCUUUAUGAAGGCUGAUGCCGUUCAUUAGUAUCCUGAUCAAAGUGGUUUGAAGAGGUAGUCUUCUUACAGGGGGUUAUUUAAUACGGGCGAUGUUACAGCGUUUUGAACGCAGCUGUUACCGGCAAUAACCGCUUUCCUGGGUGCAUUGGGACUGUCAGAACACGCACACGUGUGAAGAGCUACCGGGGUUAGCUUGCUGUGGAAAGUGAGAUUUAUGCACUUGGAAACCUUGAACAAAAGGUGUUGGGCCAAGACUGUUUUAAAACCCAAGUUUACUUUUUUUUUUUUUUUGAUUUAAAAAAAAAGAAAAGUUAGAUCUUACUCGAGCUUUGGGUUCAAACUCUUUUUAAAUAUGUAAGUUCCUGACUGUUUGUACAGACGAGGUUGCAAAACCAGUAUUUUAUUCUGUUUCUUGUUUGAUCAUUUAUUAUUUUUUUUAAUCAAAUGUUUAUAUUGACCAAAUGCAUUUUGCACACUUUGUGAAGCCUUGGUAUGUCCUGGCAUAUUACUGGGUACUCCAGAGAGAGAUACAUGCUGCUGCUGUUGUUGUUAGCAUCUGGUAGGAAGCUUUGUUAUGUGUGAAGGCCAGUUGGGCUUAAACGCAACCCCUUCACCACUCCUGCACUCACAAUCACAAACUCUGCACUGAUUCAGCCAAGGUGACUAAGCCGCAAGCUUUUUUUUUUUUAACGCCACCCCUGCCAAAAACACUGUUUGCUAUUGCCAGAGGUAAAACUCUUGUAGCCUCCAGAGUUGGUAGAAGCAUGUCUGAGCCCAGCUUCGUUCUCUGCUGCCUGUUGACUGACUUAACGUCAUCCAGCUGGCCCGAAACCAUUCCAGCUUCCCGAGUACAGAAGGUAGUUGUGAUGUUGGUGUUUCUCAUGCACACUUGAUUCUUUCCCACGUGUGCGGGGUGGAGGGGAGACCACGGCAAGCCCCUGGAGCAGAGCAAGGAUUGCAUAGCGGGACGGGACUGAAUCGUCACGCGUGGAGCAUGUGAGGGGAGUAAAGAGAUGUGGAAAUGAUGAGAAAAGCAUUGUAACAGAUUUUUU